AUGGCUGCGCCACCGGCAAGGGCUCGGGCCGAUCACGAUUAUCUCAUCAAGCUUCUCCUUAUUGGCGACAGCGGUGUUGGGAAGAGUUGUCUGCUUUUGCGCUUCUCUGAUGGCUCCUUCACAACAAGUUUUAUCACCACUAUUGGGAUUGAUUUCAAGAUAAGAACCAUCGAGCUUGAUGGCAAACGGAUUAAAUUGCAAAUCUGGGAUACAGCUGGUCAGGAACGAUUUCGAACAAUUACUACAGCUUACUAUCGAGGAGCCAUGGGUAUUUUGUUGGUGUAUGAUGUUACUGAUGAGUCAUCUUUCAACAACAUUAGGAACUGGAUUCGCAACAUUGAACAACAUGCAUCUGUCAGUGUCAACAAGAUACUGGUGGGAAACAAAGCUGAUAUGGAUGAAAGCAAAAGGGCGGUGCCUACAUCUAAGGGUCAAGCUCUUGCUGAUGAGUAUGGUAUCAAGUUCUUUGAAACUAGUGCAAAGACAAACAUGAAUGUGGAGGAGGUUUUCUUUUCAAUAGGCAGAGAUAUCAAGCAGAGACUUGCAGAUUCUGAUGCCAGGGGCACUGAGCCUCAGACACUUAGGAUUAACGAACAAGACAAAGCUGCCGGUGGUCAAGCUGCACAAAAGUCAUCUUGCUGCGGUUAG